AUGAGCGGUAUCUUGAAGAGUGAUGACUGCAAAUGUCAUCUUCUCUCCCUCCGCGCGGAAAUAAGGAGCCAAAUCUGGGGUUAUGUGCUUGGGGAUGGAUUUAUUUACGUGAAAGAAUUGCCUAAUGACGCCAAAGACUUCUGUAAAGCUUUACCACCUAAGAGUAAGAAAGCAUGGGAUCGAGUCAUGAAGACACAGCGGUUCGGCGUCUCCUAUCACGAAGAAGUUGAACCGACCAAAUUCACAAAUUUCCGAGGUCAGGUUACUUCGACAUCCCUGACCAAGGUGUACGAGUACUGCUGCGUCGAAACUAAACAUCUUGGCAAACUACGACUUGCACUUCUACUCUGCAGCAGCCAGACUCAUCAAGAAUGCCUGCCCGUCCUCUGGAAGGCCAAGACUUUCGUUGUCAGUCUAAAAAAGACUGGAGAUAUAUUGCGUUUGCUACCAAGAGCUUUAUCAAAAACCCAAUGUCACUCUCUUCGAAAGAUGAAACUCAACUUUGUGUUUCCUGACGUAACAUGCAGACCCAAGAAGCUGCGUUUAGCUUUAGCCUCCACUAAGGCUUUCACUGGUGUCAAAGACUUGACGAUAAGUUUAGUCUGUAGAACCUAUCGGGGUGAAGGGGAGCCUGCGGCGAUAGAUGAAGCGCUCUUGACUCUAAAGUGCAUGAAUUUCAUGAAUCCCGAACGGCUUUCAAUCAAUCUUAAGGUCUGGAGACUGAAUCUUUUGAGCAGUGGCACACUGGUCUACUACGAGGGUCCUCAAACUUUCGAUGACAAGGUGGAGGUAAUACGACAGGCUCUGAUCAAUCGCCAAAAUUCGUUUCACCGACGUCGCAACGAGACUGACAUUCUUCUCAAAGAUGCGGAGCCGCACCUACCUGCCUUGUUGACAUAUCUUCGCACACAACGCUGA